AUGUCUGAUACGACCGACGACCUCUCGAGCGCAAAGCUCAAGCCAGGUGCUACCCUGGACAGGUUUAAUGAUGCCGUUAAGCGGGGAGAAUCGGGUGCGCACGGGAAUAUACUUGUGGACAACCCGGGGCUGGUGGAGGAUCUCGCAAUAGAGUUCUACAAGUUCAAUGAGAACCCUAAGGAGAGUCCGAACCUUGAGGUAGAGGAGGAGGACGAUUGCAGCUUCCUGAUGGAUUGCCUAGACCAUGACAGCUGCGCUGACGAUGCUGACCUCGCUCUUGCUCUGCUGAGGAUGCUGAAAGUUCUGUCACGGAAGUAUGCCAACCGCUGCAACUUGGAGUUGGAAGACAUCCGGAUCAUCUCAAAGUACCUGCAUAACAAGGAGUCACUGUACGUGGCGGGAGAGGCAGCCAGCAUUUUCCUCAACAUCUGCUAUGAAAAGGAGAACGUGCUCAUGGUAAUACAGGAGAACGUGGUGCAGCCCCUGGCAGAGCUACUGGACUCUCCCUUCGAGGACGUGCAGGCGAACGCUGCUGGGGCGCUGCAGUCGCUGUCCUUCCAAGAAGAGGGCAGAGUGCACAUGCGGGAGGCAGAAGUGCUGCCCUCCCUGUUCCCCCUGCUGACGCACUCGAGCGUGAAGGUCAGGACGCGUACAGUCGGCGUCAUCCACAACAUGAGCUCGGACGUGGGCUCCAUCAAGAUCAUCAGGACCGGCAACGCCAUCAAGGAGCUGGUCAGGAUGCUGGCGGCACCUCAGGUAAGCAUCUGCGGCAGCGCUGCCGGGGCGAUCCAGAACCUGUCGAGGGAGCAGGCGAGCAAGCAAGAGAUCGUGGAAGCCGGAGGCAUCCCACCUCUGCUCGACCUGAUGUUCGGUUCUGAUGUGCAGAGCCAAGUCUGCGCUGCUGGGGCCCUCCUGAACCUCUUGGGUCCGCAACUUGAGUCGGAUCCCAACACUGGGAUACAGACCCCUUUCAACCUGUCGCAGAGAAGAGGACUCAGCCGCCUUGUUAUGCUUUCAGUGGUAACUGGUAUGGCAUUCCAUGGCCUCUACUCGGACGACGCAGAAUCGUGACCCCGGCAACGAUUGAGGUUGCUGCAAUGAAAAUCCCAGUUUCGCGGUUGGCAAGGGCCAACCGUUCCAGUCGGCCAUGACCAUUCGGACGUAGCCGAUCAGUGACAGGAUCUUGCAGCCUUAGAUGUAGACUAUGAAGUGUACUAGAAGUGAAAACUAUCUUCGG